GAUAAUCUCUGCGAACUGAUGGUCUCCAUGCUUAUAAGUAUGCUUUCCCGUUUCAGCGACAUGGAUCUCCCACUCGCCCUCCGCCAAAAACUUACUGAGCUCAUUUCCUUAACAAAUAACCUUCCCUCCAAUACUUCAGUGGAACUGCCGGAGCAUUAAAAAUAAGAAAAACGAACUAAUAUAUCUUAUUAAUAAAUACCAUCCCCUUAUCCUAGCCAUCCAGGAGACAUGGCUAAAGCCUGGCUCCCAUUUUAGGGUCUCAGGCUAUUCAUGUCUCAGGGAUGAUAGAAGUGAUGGUCAUGCUGGCUCUUUCAUUCUUAUCUCAAAAUCAAUUACUUAUACAUUAAUUUCCCUUCCUUCUCAUAGUCUUUCAAUUAAUGCUGUUGCAGUUAGAUCUCAUAACAUUUCUUUCCUUUCUAUUUACAUUCCCGAACCUAAUCUAAAUAUCUUAUCGGAACUUACGAGGAUUAUAUCCUCCAUCCCUCCUCCUAUGGUAAUUCUUGGUGAUUUUAAUAUGCACCAUACUUUAUGGGGUUCCCAUUUUUGUGAUCCCUGGUCUUCUACAUUCUUAGACAUCAUUGAUGAUUUAGAUCUCUGCCUGCUUAACGAUGGUUCACCUACACGUAGAGUUUCCCCCCUCCAAAAUCCUAAAAGUGCAGUAGAUCUGUCACUCUGUUCUCCUGCCCUGUCAUCCCUUCUUUCUUGGAGAAUAUUACCCAUUUCCCAUGGCAGUGAUCACUUUCCUAUUGUUAUCAAUCCUCCUAACUCCUAUACAGUCAAUGUUCCAUUCAAACCUAGGUUAAAAUAUAACACAUCCAAAGCAAACUGGCAUCUGUAUUCCACAGUUCUAGACGAAGAACUUUCAUCCCUCCCUACGGUUCAGAAAGAGAAUGUUCUUCAGGUGUAUUCUACUUUCAAAAAUGCUAUUUUAUCUGCUGCAAAUAAGACAAUUCCCAUUAAAAAACCUUAUAAAAAUAAUGCUCCUUCACCGCCUUGGUGGGAUCAAGAUUGUUCUGUAGCAUGCAAGAAGAGAAAGGAAGCUGAACUAAGAUAUUCCCGCUCAAUGAAUUUUGAUAACUAUAUUUUUUAUAAAAAAACUGCUGCUGAAACAUUAAAAUUACUGUCUGAAAAGAAAAAGGCUGGAUGGCUUAAAUUCUGUGAGUCACUGUCGCCUAGGACUCAUCCAUCACUGGUCUGGAAAAAUAUAAAAAAAUUCCGAUGUUCAGUUUCGGCCCCUGAAAACACAAAUUCUAAUGAUCAGUCUUAUUGGCUAGAAAAUUUUGCUAGUAAACUUGCUCCUCCUUCAGUACCAUCUUACAAUGAAUGUAUAGUAUUCCAAUCACAGUCCCUGCACUAUCAACACAGUUUUGACUCUCCUUUCUCUUAUGAGGAGUUAUAUUCUGUUCUUAAUGUCCUUAAAGACUCUUCACCAGGAAUCGAUGGAAUCCCUUAUUCUUUUAUUACUAAUAGCAGUGAAUCUACUAAAGCCCAUCUUCUUUCUAUUUUGAAUUAUAUUUACAUGUCCGGUAUUCCUCCUGAAGAGUGGAAAUCCCAAGUUAUCUUACCUAUUCACAAACCAGGUAAGCCCUACACUGAUCCCGCAAGCUACCGCCCUAUUGCUCUUUCUUGCACCAUGGCCAAAAUCCUUGAACACCUAAUAAAAAAUCGUUUACAAUGGUUUCUUGAAAGCAAAAAUCUUUUAGCAAAAAGCCAAUUUGGAUUCCGAAAGGGCUUAAGCACCAUGGAUAGCAUUAGUACUCUAGUUACUGAUAUUCGUAUAGCUUACUCUAAACAUGAAUACCUUGUUGGAGUCUUCCUAGAUACCUCGUCCUGCAUAUGACAAUGUACUUCUUCCUGUGCUCAGGCAAAAAAUGCUUAAUCUGAGUAUUCCAGUGAGGAUAGUAAAUUUUGUCUCUAACUUUCUCUCUUCUAGAUCCAUUUAUAUUGACAGUCAAAAUUCUCUACUCCCGCCAAGAAUUGUAUGGAAGGGUCUCCCACAAGGCUCAGUACUUAGUCCUUUACUCUAUUCUAUCUAUACUUAUGAUUUAGAACUUUCUGUUAACUCCUUCUGUAACAUCCUCCAAUAUGCAGACGAUAUAGCUAUAUAUAUUUCCCUAGAUAACCUCCUUGCAGCAUGUUCUCGCUUGAAUAUAUCAAUGUCUUAUUUACAGGAUUGGUUAACUGAUCAUGGUUUGUCUUUGUCUGUUCCCAAAAGCAGUGUUGUAAUCUUCUCUCGCCAUAGGCAAGUCCCUGAAAUCAACAUUCUCUAUAAUAAUGAACCUAUCCCAAUUAGGGAGAAUGUAAAAUUGUUAGGAGUUAUUCUUGACUCCAAACUAGCCUUUUCUCAUCACAUCAACUAUGUCUCAAAAAAAUGUGAAAAGAAUAUAAACAUUCUUCGCGCUUUAUCGGGUGUCUGGUGGGGCUCCCACCCAUUCUCCCAAAAAAUACUGUACAACGCCCUUAUCCGUAGUCAUUUAGAUUAUGGAUGUUUUGUUUUGGAACCGUGCAAUAAGUCUUCCCUAAAGAUCCUAGACAGGAUUCAAUCCAAAAGCCUUCGUAUAAUCAUCGGGGCAAUGAAAUCUUCCCCAAUAAAUGCUCUCCAAGUUGAAUGUGUGGACCCUCCCCUUUAUCUAAGAAGGCAAUAUCUUUCGGACCGAUACUUUUUUAAAAUCUACCAACUCUCUUCCCACCCUCUCAUUUCUAAACUACACCUCCUUUUGGAAUAUAUUUCGUCAAAACAUUACUGGACUCAUAAAGAAUCUCCCUGCUUAACCAACAGUUUGGUAACAUUACUCCACCUACCAUACCCAGUAUCACAAUUCAAGUCCUGCCCCAUAUUUGAUAUCCCAUAUGAUGCAAUCAUUUUCCAACCAAAUAUCCACCUCGACCUUGGUAUUGAGAAAGAUUGCCCUAUAGCAAAUAGUAAAGUAAGUAGAGUCAUAGAUAAUUUAUGGAAAGGCUGGCUUAUUAUAUACACUGAUGCCUCCAAAAAGUCAGAUGAAAGUUGUACUGGAGCAGCAGUUUGGAUUCCCAGAUUCAAAAUAAUUCUUAAUUUUAAAUGCCCUUCUAUUUCUUCCACUUUUACUGGCGAGGCCACGGCAAUUCAUGAAGCUUUAAUAUAUAUAGAAGCACACAACUUAAAUAAGUCAGUUAUUCUUACCGACUCCAAAAGUUGUUUGUUAGCAAUUUUGUCAAACCAAUUCCAAAGUAAAUAUAAGAUACCCUUGAUCCUCAAAAUUAAACACACAUUGUAUAGAUGUCAUCUCAAGGGCAUACAGGUUUCCUUAGCUUGGAUUCCAGGUCAUAGUGGCAUCAAGGGCAAUGAAACAGCUGAUCUGAUGGCUAAAAAUGCCAGUCGAAAUGGUUUGCCAUGUAAUUUAACUUACUCCUCAGACAUAGUGUUACUUGCAAAGAAGAAGUUAAAUAAUAAUUGGAAUACAUUAUGGAAAGCCACUCAAAAUAUAAAAGGUAAACACUAUGCUGCUAUACAAUGUGCCAUCCUUCCAAAACCAUGGUUUUUCAAAUUCAAUAAAGCUAAUAAACAUUCUACAUCAACUAUUUGUAGACUUAGAAUUGGCCACGCUUGUACACCAGUACAUUUGGCCAAACUGAGGAUUAGGGAUAGUUCCCUCUGCGAAUGUGGGUUGGAUGAGGGAACCUCCGACCAUAUUUUUUUUAACUGUCCUAAAUUAUCUUGUUCACUCUAUGAUUAUCUCCCUCCUGACAUCCCUCGUCCUAUAAAUUUUGAUUCACUUUUAACCUACACAAACACUCCUUAUGUAUAUAUUCUGUGUGAUUUUAUUAACACUAAUGGUAUAAAAGUUUAAUGUUUGUCAAUACUAACAUACUAAUGUAGUUAUAGCAACCGUGUUUGUCAUUUGUUCUAGGUAAUUCAACAGUAUAACCAUUAGUACUACAAGAUAAAAGGGGAAAAAAUUGGUUUAAAGGAAAAAAGAUACUUGUACUAUCACAAUCUUCUCUUGUAUAUGGGCAUAGUAUUUGUAACUACUGAGCUUAUACUCAAUAAACGCUUUCACGCUGACAUUGGCGAAUGAUCAAAACCGCCAUAAAAAAGAAAGAAGAAGAAGAAGAAUGUCUCAAUAUUAAGUUCUUGUUGAUUGCAAAAAUAAUUAAUUCUUAGUACGUAUCAUGUUCUUUUUUGUAUCAUGUUCGUGAUAUUUCAAUGAUGGAGAACAGUUAUGCAGGCGCAGGCCCGGUUUCGAGCUGCACGUAAGUACAACCUACAACACCUAAUUUCAAAUCUAUCGUUGUACCUAUAUUGAAUGCUUUGUUAAAAGACUAUGUAAUGACACUUUGAAUAUACUUCUAUGUAAUUUUUCAGACGUAAACGCACACCACGCGUAACAAGUUGGCAGAUUGAGCCACUUCUGUCGAAGUCAGCAGCUCGUCCAUUUUUGUUUAUAAGAAACUUUACCAGCCUGCAGGGCAAGAAGAAUUUUUAAAUAGGCUGGAAGAAAGUAGCCGACGACUUCAACCAGCUCCUUUCAAGACGCCAGAGCAGUGGAUAACAGUAUGUAGAGACUAAAAGCCGGGGCUCACUAAAGCAACAAAGUUAAGGAAAGAAAGGAUAAAGACUGGCAACCGAGGCAUUACCACUGAACAACAGGUGCAUGAAAUAAUAAUGCAGUCACCAGCACCACAAAUAAAUGCUGGCUGCCAAAAUGUAGGCGGAGGGAGCCAAAGUGCAAGCUGAGGCGUCUGUCUCUUUUAUUUGGGCAGUAAAAUAAGAGAUGCAUUAAUUUUGUUGUGAAAUAAAAAUAAUAAAUAAAUUCAGAUGUUUA